UUAGUUACGGGUGCGCAUAUUUUCUAAGACUAUGGCCCUCACGAUGCGCCAACGUGUGACAUCCGGGCUUUCCUCAACGAGGGCGAUCCCAGGACGCCGCAUGGCAGUGAAAGUGUCUCAACGGUCUUAUUCAGUGGUCACACAUGCAGCUAUGAAAGCGUUGAUAUUCGAUUGUGAUGGUGUCAUCCUUGAGUCUGAGGACCUACACAGACGGGCAUACAAUGCCACCUUUAAGCACUUCAAAGUAAAGUGCGGCGGCGAGCAGGGCUACGUCGACUGGGAUGAAUCCUUUUACGACAUGCUCCAAAACACUGUGGGCGGGGGCAAACCGAAGAUGCGCUGGUUCUUUAAGCGCAACGGCUGGCCCACCAGCAGUGUGCUGGAUGGCCGGGUGCCUGCAAGUGAGGAAGAGCAAGCGCGACUGGUUGACACGCUACAGGACUGGAAAACGGAGAAGUAUCAGCAAAUGAUUGGGAGCGGUGAAGUGGAGCCUCGCCCCGGCGUGCUACGUCUAAUGGACGAGGCCCGUGCCGCUGGCCUCAAGUUGGCCGUCUGUUCAGCAGCCACCAAGUCCAGCGUAGUGUUUACUUUAAAAAAUCUGCUGGGCGAGGGGCGCUUUCAGGGCCUUGACUGUUUCCUAGCAGGUGAUGACGUGGACAAGAAGAAACCGGACCCGAAGAUCUACAAAGUGGCGGCGGAGCGUCUGGGGCUCGACCCCGCGGAGUGCGUGGUGGUAGAAGACAGCAUGAUUGGUCUGCAGGCGGCCACAGGCGCAGGCAUGCGGUGCAUCAUCACCUACACGCCAUCCACCAAGUCGCAGGCCUUUCCGGGUGCGGAGCGAAUUGUGUGCGAGCUUGGGGGCUACCCUGCCAUGGUGACGGUGAAGGAGCUAAUGGAGCGGCGCAUCGUUCAGGAUGACCGUGUCAAUUUUGAUGUGUCGGACACGGGAGUUUUCUUCAGUUGAAUGGUGUUGAAGGCUACUAUAUGACAUUGUACGCGAUGAGCGUUUGUUUAGCUAAUCGAAAUCAACGGAUCACGUGCAUUGGAUGUCAAUGUUGUUGGAUAUUGGAAUUAUACAGCUCGUCAUGUGGUAUGGAGCGGGCGCUGUAGUGUAAGGUUAUUGAGGUGUGACGGUAAUCGUAUAACCUUUCUGUCUCAAAUUCACCGCAUACGUAGUUGGUACGUAAGUGGGUCGUGAUAUUCGGAAUAGUGCAGAUGCAAUGCAGUAAUUCGAAUUCUAUUUAUUACACACGUCAUGCUGUUGGCCAAUUUUUGAGCACCAUGUUGCUUUCAACACCACGUUGUGUUUUCGUACUUUCAAUGUAGCGUACCGAUGUAAAAUACAACAAAAUAUCCGCCUUCUCUCCAAAAACACGUUUCAAACUGAGACAAUCGAGAAGAAUCCAAUUAAUGAAAAUCGUCAGAUAUGCACGACUCAGAGCGCAUCCCUGUCUCCAAAUGAAGCACCGGUAAUACGCUGUCCAAUCGGCACGAUGGUGGCAGAUACAGCAGACAGCACCAGUCUAUACAAUAUUUUACCUAAUCCAAGCAUGCAGAACACCAUAUCUACAUCAACAUUAACGGCGGGUCGACUUUCUAAGCAUCAUAACAAGUCUUCUAUUCCAAUAGCUCGACUCAAAUCACCUACGACCCACAUAACAUGGAUUUCUUGACGGCAAACACCAUGGAUACACAUGGGACGUACUCCUUGGCCGAACCCCAAACGUUCCUCCGUCAGAUGGCGUGCCCAAAGAGCAAGGCGAGCCAUGGCAGGAUCAGACGAUAUGCAUACACACCCGCAGAGUACAUGAGCAGUGCGUUCCAACGCCCGAGCGCGGGCAAAGCAGCCUCUUGACAAACCAAGCGAACAUCAUUUCAUCACCUCCACCACAAAGCAUUUGACAUACUCUCACAACACGACACCUCCCUCGCACAUUGGCCAUAAAGCUUAGGAAAGCACGUACACCAAAUAGGCCGUGCAGCAACGCUGCUAGAUGGCAAGCGUCACCUCGACAUCGCCUCACUGUCCCUUCUCCA